GUGCUAACGCAUACACAUCGCCAAUUUGGGCAUUUUCUCGCAUGUAAAUUGCAAAUUGUGCUUGCAUUUUUCGCGUUUUCCCGCGCACACAAUCCUUCGGCAGCCGUGAAAUUAAUGCGCCCAAUAGUAAAAGAGCAGUAGGCAUGGACGAAGAUUAUUCGGCGUCAUCUUCGGCCGGCGGUGGCAAGAAGGCCAGCAAGCAGCACAACACGCUGCCCUUUUGGGGCAACGAGUCCUCGAUGAACUUGAAUGCCCUGAUCCUGGCCAACAUCCAGAGCUCCAGCUACUUCAAAGUCCAUUUGUUUAAACUGAAAACCUACCAUGAAGUGGUCGACGAGAUCUACUACCAGGUGAAGCAUAUGGAGCCAUGGGAGCGCGGAUCCCGCAAAACGUCCGGACAGACGGGCAUGUGCGGCGGUGUGCGAGGCGUUGGCGCCGGCGGCAUUGUGUCCACGGCAUAUUGCCUGCUCUACAAGCUAUACACGCUGCGGCUGACCCGGAAGCAGAUCAACGGACUGCUCAAUCACACAGACUCGGCCUACAUCCGGGCACUAGGCUUUAUGUACUUGCGAUACACGCAGCCGCCGAGUGACCUGUACGACUGGUAUGAGGACUAUUUGCAGGACGAAGAGGAGAUCGACGUGAAAGCGGGCGGCGGCCAGGUCUUAACCAUCGGACAGAUGGUUUAUCAGUUUAUGACCAAGCUGGACUGGUUCUCCACGCUCUUUCCGCGCAUCCCCGUGCCGAUUCAAAAGCAGAUCGAGAAGAGGAUCGAGCAAUACUGUAGGGAGCAGGGGGUGACCGUUCAUCAGUUGAGCACGGGUCGGUCGACUGCGGGUCAGGGCACUGGAGCCGCUGCCCAGGAUGCGGAGUACCAGGAGUAUCCGGAGGGUGGCGUAGAGCGUGGAAGCGGCGGACGUAGCGGUGGACAAGCUGGCUCCCGUUCCAACGCCUACCCACAAGCGAAUAACUAUCGCAACGAUUAUGACGAGCGUGACUACUAUGCUGCCGCGUCUGGCUCGUCCUACGGCCGUGGUCGCGGUGGCUACGAGGACUACCCACCGGCGCCGCUGCCACCACAGAUGCCUUACGGCGAGCGGGAAAGGGAGAGGGAUCGGGAGCGGGAUAAGAAUAAGGAUUACGACCGCCACCGUAGCAAGCACAAGAAGAAGCACAACCAUAGACAAAGCUCGCGUAGCCGCAGCAGAAGCCGCAGCCGGAGUCGCCACCGCUCCGAGCGCCAUGAGCGCAAGCGCGACGGUGGUCGCGAGCGGAGCAGCAAGAGCCGGCACAACGAACACUAUGAAGAGCGGGAGCGACGUCAUCGGUGAAGACCGAAUCCACCCACCUAAACAAGCCUCCUCCUUCUUAAGUUGUUCUGUUACUAACUAACUUUGUUUCACUAUAGUACUACUACACUUUUUUUAUUUGUCAAGCCCUAUCUACACUUUGGAAGCCGCGAGCGUCAGUUGCGCUUCUUACUCAGGUUAAACACUCUCCGAAACCCCGAAGCGUCCCCAUAACUAACACUAAAUCUAGACACAAUCACAUGCGGACACAGCAGCAAGGCUAUAUUUUGUAAUUUGUGACUACACUUACGCUGAUAAAAUAGUUUCAAAGUUGUGUUUAUGAAAAUAAAGUCAGAAAUUAUUUGUUUAAAA